GGAAAAUGAAAGCUCUUUAGGGCGCUAGUUUUAGGGGCGGCCUGGUUACUGUCCUGGUUAAUUCUACCCGGUUUGGCUCUGAGGCCGUCAAUCAGAAUGACGUCAUUGCUGAUCAGGUUCCUCGCGCUGCGGGAAUUUGCUACCUGUGCCAUCAGGAAAAGGAAGUCUGGGGACACCGUCCCUGGCUGCCCAGGACGGGAGAGCCAUGCAGUGCGCAGCGGCCGGAAAGCCUUUAAUUAAGUUCAACCAUUGCAGGAAACACAUCUACAGCUUCAGUGUGCCGCGGUGCUGCCCCCUCUGCCGGCGGGAUGUGGGCUCCAGGAAGCUGGAGGAAGCACCUGUUAGCAUCUCCAAUCCGUUCGCCAAUGGGCAUCAAGAAAAGUGUUCAUUCCUCCUCAGGCCAACUCAAGGGACGUUUCUUAGAGACUAUGAUGGAAGGUCUGAUCUUCAUGUUGGAAUAACUAACACAAAUGGAGUCGUCUAUAAUUACACUAUGCAUGGUGUCCAGCGAGAUGAAGCAGGCUGGGAGCAGAGUGUAAGUGUCCCAUUAUUGCAGCCUGGCAUGUUUGGACUGAUGGACCAGUGGGACAAGUACCUGGAAGACUUCUCCACCACGGGGGCCUGGCUGCCUCACAGGUACGAAGAAGAACACCACAACUGCUACAGUUACACCCUCACAUUCAUUAACUGCGUUCUGGCCACAGAAGGCAGGGAGCAACUGGACAAGAAUGAGUUCACGGAGAAAUUUGUGGUCCCCAGGACCAGGAAGGCUUCCAAGUACAUCACGCUGUACCGGGCGGUAGAGGAGCAUGGCUUCUACGUGAUCGACCACCCGGAUCAAGAGCCAAGUCCUCCUCCGGGGAGUGGUCUGUGCUGAGUGCGCUGUGUAAACGCAGAAGGGACAGGAUAUUUGGGGGUGACUACUUUUAAUAGAUCAUAGAGAUUUCUAAAUACAAUGACCUGUGGUUAAUUAAAAAAAAAGUGAUAGGGCUUCCCUCUAAGCAUACUUCAGUUUACUGCAGUAUAAGAAUUUACAAAAUUAAUAAAAAUUGCCCUGGGUUUUCAAAAUUCUUUCCAUAGAAUUUGUUUUCAAACUGAGAAUCCAUGUUAAAGCAUCAAGUGGCAGCAUAUUUUAUUCCCAGAACAACGAAAACUCUUCCUAUAAAUUAAUGAGAGCUGAAAAUUCACCUUUCCAUGUGAAUCCAGAAGGUGGGGGCAUUUGUAAGAAGGUGAGCAAGACAUCUACAAUUUAUGAAAUAAUGAGUAUUUUCACCUCAAUGUUUUUCUUUGAAACGCAUAGUGUAACCUCUUGGUGGUCAACAAUAGGGGAAAAAAGGAAAAAAAAGAAAAGGCCUCAGAAUCUAAGUGAGGCAAUGGGCACCCCUGAAUUAGCCUUUCUAAUCCAUACGCACAAACUGGACUGGCAAUUCCUCAGAAGCAGAACACCAGUCGGUUUCCUUCUCAUUUUGCCUGACCUGACAGGAGGUCAGCGGCUGGGUUUACUACAUACAGCACCUUCUCUUCCCACUUUAAGUGCCACUUCAGAAAGGACUCAGUGAAAGGAUGUCUUGUUUUUCUAAUGCUCAGAAGACGAAAGGGGAAAGCUGGGAUAAGCAACUAAAAAAAAAACGAGGUGAUUUUAACAAGCUUGUUAGAAUUUGUAUACCCAAAUAAUCAUGACACUUUACACAGCCAAUCAGCAAAACAUUUCAGAAUUUCCUCUUUGGAACCUGCUGCCAGAAACCACUUUGUUUUUGGCCAAAUGUGAUCGACUCCACCACAUCAUCUUCUCCAGCCCUGGGCACCAAGUGAUGUCUCACUUCUGAAAACCAAACCCAUCCUCAAGGUACUCAACUUCAAAGCACCAACCCAUCUUCAAUGUACCCACCAUCACAGUACCAAUAAUUACUUAGUAAUAUAGAUAUUCAGGAAACUUGCUACAGAUCCUUAAAGCCUGCUUCCAAAGAGGUGUCUGGUCAACGUUUCAGCAGUGGCAACUUCAGUGGGAAAAAACGCAGGCACACCAAUGUUUGUACUUGUAAGUGCUGGUACUUUACUACACCUGAUCUUAGCCAAAAGGCUGAGAAGCGAUAAGUUCUGGUACUUUAGAGAAAAACAAAACUUCCCAC